AUGGGGCGGAUGAACUUGCUGCAGAUAUGGGGGGACUGCUGGCAACAGAGGGUGACGCGAGGGGACAUCCAGGCAGCCAGAACUGACCCUUUUUCUCUCUCAGAGUUAAAUGCCUCCAGGGCCCGUGGCAGCAACCAUAGCGUGAACAGCCUGCCAGGACCAUCGGCCACCUGCGGCUCCACACAGGGGUCUGUGGUCAGCUGGGCCGAAUCCUUUGAGACUCUGCUGCAGGACCGCGUGGCCGUCACCUACUUCACUGAGUUCCUCAAGAAGGAGUUCAGUGCCGAAAAUGUCUACUUCUGGCAGGCAUGUGAGCGCUUCCAGCAGAUCCCAGCCAGCGACACACAGCAGCUGGCCCAGGAGGCACGGCGGAUCUACGAUGAGUUCCUGUCCAGCCACUCAGUCAGUCCCGUGAACAUCGACAAGCAGGCCUGGAUUGGGGAGGACAUGCUGGCCAACCCCUCCCCAGACAUGUUUCGCAUCCAGCAGCUCCAGAUCUUUAACCUGAUGAAGUUUGACAGCUACACGCGCUUUGUGAAAUCCCCGCUGUACCAGGCCUGCCUGCGAGCAGAGAGCCAGGGGCAGCCCCUGCCCGACCUGCGGCCCCACUCCCGCAGCAGCAGCCCCCCGCCUGACCUCAGCAAGAAGUCGAAGCUGAAGCUGGGCAAGUCCCUGCCACUGGGUGUGGAGACAGUGGGCAGUGGUGGCAACCGCAGCCCUCGCCGGUCCUUCAGGAAGGGAGAGCGGCGGGAGCCCUCCUGGGCAGAGGGGGGAGAAGGCAGUGGAAGUGCCAUGCUGUGGCGGGAGUCCCAGGGCUCACUCAACUCCUCGGCCAGCCUGGACCUGGGCUUCCUGUCCUCAGCCAGCACGGCCACCAGCCCCUGGACGGAGAGCCUGGGGGGCAGCGAGGCAGAGCUGCCAGCCAAGCCCAUGAAAUACUGCUGCGUGUACCUGCCUGAUGGCACGGCCUCACUGGCCUCCGUCCGGCCUGGCCACUCCAUCCGCGACAUGCUGGCGGGGAUAUGUGAGAAGCGCGGCUUCAGCCUGCCCGACAUCAAGGUCUACCUGGUGGGAAAUGAGCAGAAAGCACUGGUGCUGGACCAGGAGUGCACCGUGUUGGCAGACCAGGAGGUGAAGCUGGAGAACAGGAUAAGCUUUGAGCUGGAAAUCUCCUCCCUCAAUAAGACCAUCCGCAUCACAGCAAAGUCAACCAAGCGCAUCCGGGAAGCGCUGCAGCCGGUGCUGGAGAAGUACGGCGUGCGCAUGGAGGUGGCGCUGCUGCGGCGGCAAGGCGAGACGGCUGCUGUGGAUCUGGAGAAGCUGGUCAGCAUGGUAGCUGCUCAGAAACUCAUUCUCGAAAUGCCAGCAGACAUGCGAGUGACAGAGUGUGCCGAGGCUGCAGCCGCUUCCUCACCACACCAGAGCCAGGAGGGAAGCCCGACAGGAGCAGAACCCGACACACUGUGGGAGAUGCCCUCCUCCUUCUCCCGGCCCCGGUCUUCAGCUGCCGCAAACCUGAACCGCCGCACAUACGACCUGGAAGGUGAGACCUGGUGUGUCUGAAACCUGAGGAGCUGCCGAGCCAACGACCAGCGUGGGCUGCUCUCCAAGGAGGACCUGGUCCUGCCUGACUUCCUCCAGCUCCCUGGGCAGGACGACAGCACCUGUGAGGGGUCGGAUCAGCCCCAUGCCCCUCACCCAGGUUCCGAGGGAGACGGCCAUCCUCAGCACACAGAGCCCACGCCAGCUCAGCCUCCGGUCGACCACGAGCUCCGAUGA